AUGGCUGUUAAACCACCACUAGAGCCACCGAGCUUCGAAACAACAAAACGUCUACUGGCUGCCUUGAUUAAUGAAGGGUUAGUCGACGCAUUUAUUGAGGGCGUGAAGAAUGAACCGCAUAAAUUUUUACAUCUGCAAAAAAAUGAGAACCCGAGGGCAGAAGGUAGUAGUAUUGUGGUGCAAGCGACGCCCGGAGCGCUGAUCGAAGAUCGUGAUGGUGAGGUGCUUCCGGUAAUACAGCCGAGCAUGCUGUGCCCUCCCGUCAUUGCAAUGAACGACGGAAUUAGACGUGAAAUGUCAGACCCCGGAGAUAUAUUCACGGCCAUAAUUCCAUGGUUUGAGGAUAUGGCUGGCCAACAGGUCCUGGAGGAAAUUUCACGACAUUUGCAGAAUUCUGGGACAAAUCAAGGUUAG